AUGUCAAACGAAUCGUCGCAGGUCACCCGUAUCGACACUGGGAAGGGUCAGUCUUCGGUCUAUGAAGACAUUGCGAAACCUACUAUCGCGGUCGAAAAGAUCGAUUACUCUGGUGCUCAUGAGAAGACCGAUCCUAAGGAAAUCGCCCUCGUCAAGAAGCUUGAUAGAUGGAUUAUGCCAAUGCUAUGGAGCAUGUACUGGCUCAACUAUCUUGACCGAAAUGCCAUUGCGCUCGCAAGAUUGAAUGACUUGGAAAAGGACUUGAACUUGACAAGCACCCAAUAUCAAACAUGCGUCUCAGUCCUUUUCUGCGGUUACCUUAUCGGCGGCAUUCCCUCCAACAUGUUUCUAACUCGCACGAAGCCCUCCGCAUACAUGUCCAUCAUGAUGAUGCUCUGGGCCGUCGUCAGCGCUCUCACCGCCAUGUCCAAAGACUUCACUGGACUCCUCCUCACCCGUUUCUUCCUGGGAUUGACAGAAGCGCCAUUCUACCCUGGUGCAGUAUAUAUCCUCAGUAUCUUCUACACCCGUAAAGAAAUUGCGACUAGAAUUGCGAUUCUUUAUACUGGCAAUAUUCUCGCUACAGCUUUCGCAGGCUUGAUCGCCGCUGGUAUUUUCCACGGCCUUGACGAUGUCGCUGGAAUCGCUGGGUGGAAAUGGUUGUUUAUCCUUCAGGGCGCUGUUACAUUCGUGAUCGCUGCAGUGGGAUACUUCAUCCUCCCAGACUUCCCACUAACCACGAGGUGGUUGAGUGAGGACGAGCGACAGUUGGCCUUCCAUCGUAUGGAAUUGGAUACCGUUGCGAACGAAGGAGAGACAAGCGCCUGGCGUGGAUUGAAGCAGGCAGCAAAGGACCCCAUGGUUUGGAUCUUCGCAUUGAUGGCGCAUAUGCAUCUCGCCGCCAACGGUUUCAAGAAUUUCUUCCCAACCGUAGUCGGAACCCUCGGAUUCUCCACCACCAUAACUCUAGUCCUAACCUGCCCACCAUACCUCAUCGCCGGUGCCGUAACAAUCCUAGUCUCCUGGUCCUCUGGUAAAUUCAACGAGCGAACAUGGCAUAUAACUCUCUCCAAGGCCGUCGCCACAAUCGGUUUCGUCGCUGCAGCCGCAACUCUCGAUACCGCAGGUCGAUACACAAGCAUGGUGAUUUUCACAAUCGGUACAUACGGCGUCAAUUCAUUGAUCCUGGGAUGGUGUGGUAGUGUCUGCGGGCAGACAAAGGAAAAGAAGGCGGUAGCGAUCAGUAUUGUCACGACUAUUAUGAAUGCUUCGUUUGUUUGGACGCCAUAUCUGUGGCCCAAAAGCGAUGAGCCGAGAUAUGCGAUUGCGCUUGCGAGUUCGGCUGGGUUUUCGGUUGCGACGGCGUUAUUGGCGUGGCUUGCUAAAGCGAUUAUGAUUAGAAGGAAUAAGAAGUUGAGGGAAGCGGGUGAGGAGACUACGGUGUUCUAUGUUUAUUAG